AUGACGGAUUUCUAUGAAUCAAAAGAGCUAACCCAAGCACAAAUAAAAAUCGUUACUGAUUGUGUACCAGUUCUUGAAGAUUUAAAUAUAAAACUUGGUGAAAAAUUCUACAAAAGAACAAUGAAAAGAUAUAGUCAACUAAAACCUUAUUUCAAUGAAACACAUCAUAAAUUAUUAAGACAACCUCGUGCAUUUAUUUAUACAUUAACACAAUUUGCUAAGAAUAUUCAUGAUUUAUCACCAUUAAAAGAAGUUCUUGAACGUAUAGUUAAUAAACAUGUUGGAUUACAAGUUAAACCAGAACAAUAUCAAAUGUUAGGUGAAGUUUUACUUGAAACUAUGGUUGAUUUAUUCCCUCCAGAAAUGGUUGAUGAUGAAUUUGUUGAAACUUGGAGUACAGUUUAUGGAAAUCUAGCAAAUUUUUUAAUUAAUGCAGAAGCAAAAGAAUAUUCUAAAAAAUCUUGGUUUGGUUUUAAAGAAUUUAAAGUAACUAGAUUUAAAACUGAAUGUCUUGAAACAAAAUCUUUUUAUAUUACUCCUGUUGAUGGUAAACCUAUACCUAAACCUGAAAGAGGUCAAUAUUUAUGUAUGAGAUGGAAAUUACCUGGGGCAAAAUAUGAAAAAUCUAGAGUUUAUUCAAUUUCAGAAUAUCCUACAGCUAAUGAAUAUAGAUUAACUGUUAGACAUAUUCCUGGAGGUCAAGUUUCAGGAUAUAUUCAUAAUGAAUUACAAGUUGGCGAUAUUGUUUACUCAGGACCUCCAUGUGGUUGUAUUUAUUAUCAAUCAAAUAAAACCGACUUAGUUAUAUUAGCUGGUGGAAAUGGUAUUUCUGCAUUGAUGCCAGUUAUUGAAGCAGGAUUGGAAGAAUGUAGAAAAGUCAUAUUGAUGUAUUCUAAUCGUUCUACUGAAACAAGAUCAUUUUCUGAACUACUAAAACAAUAUAAAAAAAAUUAUGGAGAUUGUUUUAAAGUUAUUGAGUAUAUGUCUCGUGGUCGUCAUACCGACCCCAUUGACGAAUAUUGUAAUAGAUCUUUAACACUUGAAGAUUUGGAAUUCAUCACUCCGGAUCAUGAUGUUUAUCUUAUUGGACCUAGAGGUUAUAUGAAAAUGAUUGAUGAUUAUUUGCAACUGAGAAAUGUUAAACCACAUUUGGAUUAUUUUGGACCUCAAGAAGUUAUUCUUUAG